GAAAGGUUAGGUUAAGUUUCUGUUACAAAUGCUAUAUUGGUGUGUGUUGUGUUGUAUGUUUUUUACGUUAUGGCUGAAUACGAAGAAGAAGUUAGAACUUUGAAGGAUAAAACUAAGUGUGCUCAUUUACGUGCGAAGUUAAAAAUAUGUUUGUUGCAAACGGACUGUUGCAAAAUAGAAAGACUAACACCCAAAGAAUGUCUUAAAACCAGGCAUCCGUCUGUUCCUGAUGAAUGUUAUCUGUUGCGACAAUCAUUUUUUGAUUGCAAACAUUCAAUUAUUGAUGGUAGACGAAGAUUCAGAGGACCAAGAGGCUAAUAUCUAAUUACACAAACUUAAAAUUAAAAAAGAAAAAGAAAAAGAAAAAGGAAAAGGAAAAGACUGUGAUGGUACAGUUUAUAGUUUAUAUGAUGUAAUAUUAGAAGUGAUUUAUUAGUACUUCGUUAUUAUUCGUUGUACAUGAUAUAAUAAAUCCUAUCGUAUUUGCAACGUA